AUGACGGAAAAGCGAAAUCUGAGCUGGGUACCUGUUGCUAUUGGCGCUGCUGCAGUUGCUUCUCUCGGUGGCAUUUUAUAUGUCUACCGUGACCGUGCUUUGGGUUCGACACCAUACAAGAAGAACGUGCCAAUUCUAGAAGGUGCUCAACCUCUAAUUGGUCAUGCCAAUGUACUCGGUCCUGCACUCCAGUUCCACAAUGACUGGAGAGUCGCCCAAAUGAAGAAAUAUGGGGCGGUUUAUCAAUACUCAAUGCCAGGACAAAAUCUGAUCACGACCCAUAACGUUCAGGAUGUCGAGGAAGUGCUCAAGAACCCUUAUAUUUGGCCCAAAGCUCCAGACACGAAGUCGGCAUUGCAUGACUUCCUUGGAGAUGGUAUCUUUAACGCCGAUGGUGACAUUUGGCGAAGUCAACGCAAGGUCGCUUCCAACAUUUUCAACGUAAAGAACUUCCGUGAUCUCUUCACUUCAGUCUUUAUUGAAGAGUCCAAGAAGAUGGUGGACCAAAUGUUCAAAGCUCAACAACUUGGUGCCAUCAUUGAGCUCCAAGACCUGCUGCUUAGGGCUACCCUGGAUUCCUUUGUCCAGAUCGCGAUGGGCAAGAAUCCUGGAGCUAUUUCGGUCAAUGGCCAGUCUGUUAAUGGAAAGUUUGUGAUGGAGACAGAAUCAUUUAUGGAAGCUUUUGAUUCCGCCAAUAAUAUCUCGUGUCUGAGGAUUUUCAAACCUCUCUGGCAAAUCAUUGAUCAGUUUGAUGGCACCGCCAGUAAACAAAAGCACAACAUGAAAGUCAUGGAGGACUUUGCUAAAGAUGUUAUUGCCCAAAAGAAGGUUCGUUUAGCUGCUGGACACAAGGGCCAUGAUCUGUUGGACCUCUUUAUGCAAGCUGGCAACGAGGAUGGCUCAAGUUUAAACGAAACUCAAAUGAGAGACAUUGUCUUGAAUUUCAUCAUUGCUGGAAGGGACACUACCGCCCAAACGUUAUCCUGGACCUUUUGGCGUUUGGCCAAGAAUCCCGAUGUCGAGAAGAAGUGCCGUGAAGAGCUCCUGGCAGUUCUGGGCAAAACUGGUGACUACACCUACGAGAAGUUUGCUCUGCUCAAGUACAACCUUGCUACAUUCAUGGAAUCCUUGAGGUUACAUGCGAAUGUACCAUUCAACCGCAAAGUUGCUAUGCAAGAUACUGUUCUACCUGGAACCAACACUCCAAUUCAGAAAGGAGACAUGGUGGACUUUAUCCCGUAUGCUAUGGGAGUUUCAACUGAGAUCUGGGGUGCCGAUGCUGCUGAAUUCCGUCCUGAACGAUGGUUUGACUCCAAUGGUGGAAUCAUCAAUCCGAACUCGUUCGCCUUCCCACACUUCAAUGCUGGUCCCCGUAUCUGUUUGGGAAUGAACAUGGCCAAACAAGAAGCGAUAACUUUUAUGGCUGCCAUAAUCCGUAACUUUUCACUUGAACUCGUCAAUGAUGAUGAUCCAAAACAUUGGGGUGAUUUCGAGCAUAAGCUUGGAAGGUCCAGUUUGGCAUUGACUCUGAAUGCUCGUGAAGGAAUCGAAUUUAAGCUUCACCCAAUUGCUUGA